AUGAGCCUGGACAAAGCCGAGCUGUGUGACUCACUUCUAACGUGGUUGCAGACAUUCCAGGUUCCAUCAUGCAACAGCAAGCAAGACCUAACAAGUGGAGUGGCCAUAGCACACGUCCUAAACACGAUAGACCCCUCUUGGUUUAAUGAGACCUGGCUGGUUAGAAUCAAGGAAGAGAGUGGCGACAACUGGCGCCUCAAGGUCAGCAACUUGAAAAAGAUCCUCAAGAGCAUGCUGGAAUAUUACCAUGAUAUACUGGGUCACCAAGUGUUGGAAGAGCAUUUGCCAGAUGUAAAUCUCAUUGGUGAGAUGGGGGACAUCACUGAACUUGGCAAGCUAGUGCAGCUUGUGUUGGGCUGUGCUGUCAGCUGUGAAAAGAAGCAAGAGCAAAUCCAGCAGAUAAUGACACUUGAGGAAUCUGUCCAACAUGUCGUCAUGACAGCAAUUCAGGAGCUUCUAUCAAGAGAGCCCCCAUCUGAACCAGGAAGCCCAGAGACCUAUGGAGAUUUUGAUUACCAGUCCAGGAAAUAUUAUUUUCUAAGUGAGGAGGCAGGGGAAAAAGAGGACCUUCGUCAGCACUGUCGGGACCUGGAACAUCAGCUGUCUGUGGCCCAGGAGGAAAAGUUGUCGCUCCAAACAGAGAAUCGUUCCUUGAAGGAGAAGCUGAGCCGCUGCGACUCGCUGGACAUCUCCAGCACUGCCAUCACUGGGAAGAAGCUGUUGCUUUUGCAAAGUCAGAUGGAGCAGCUUCAGGAGGAGAACUACAGACUGGAGAACAGUCGAGAUGACAUGCGAGUGCGUGCGGACAUGCUGGAGCGAGAGUUGGCCAACGUGCAACAAAGAAAUGAAGAUUUGACCAGUCUAGCACAAGAAGCACAAACCCUCAAAGAUGAGAUGGACAUUCUCAGGCACUCCUCCAACCGGGUGAACCAGCUGGAAACUUUGGUGGAGACUUACAAGAGGAAGCUGGAAGAUCUGGGUGACCUCCGCAGACAGGUGCGCCUCCUGGAGGAGCGCAACACCAUGUACAUGCAGCGCACCUGCGAACUAGAGGAGGAGCUCCGCAGGGCCAAUGUCUUCCGUGCUCAGCUGGACACAUACAAGAAACAGGCUCACGAGCUUAGCGCCAAGCACCAAGCCGAGGCCAUGAAAGCUGAGAAGUGGCAAUUUGAGUACAAGAACCUUAAUGACAAAUAUAAUGCACUCAAGGAGGAGAAAGAACGUCUAAUGUCUGAGAGGGACACGCUUCGGGAGACAAAUGAUGAGCUGAGAUGUGCACAAGUCCAACAGAAGUGUCUCAGCGGGGACUUGUGUGACAAAGAGGCCGCAGUAGGAAACCUCGCUGCUGAGAUCAUGCCCACAGAGCUCAAGGAGACAGUGGUGCGCUUACAGAGUGAAAACAAGAUGCUGUGCGUCCAGGAGGAAACCUACAGGCAGAAAGUAGUGGAGGUGCAGGCUGAGCUCGAGGGGGCUCAGCGCAGCAAGAAUGCUCUCGAAACCCAAAACAGGCUUCAACAGCAGCAGAUCUCAGAGUUGCGUUCUCAGGUUGAGGAGCUCCAGAAAGCACUCCAAGAGCAGGACAGCAAGACUGAGGAUGUGAGCGAUUUGUUUCAGUCUCUUUCAUCCUUAUUGAAGAGAAAGCUGGAGGAGCAUUUAGAGAUGCUCCAUGAAGCUCAUACUGAUCUCCAAAAGAAAAGAGAAGUCAUUGAUGACCUGGAGCCCAAGGUGGACAGCAACAUGGCAAAGAAGAUAGACGAACUCCAGGAGAUCCUGCGGAAGAAGGACGAGGACAUGAAACAGAUGGAGGAGCGAUACAAGCGCUAUGUGGAGAAGGCAAAAACGGUGGUCAAGACCCUGGAUCCAAAACAACAGCCGGUGACUGUAGCACCUGACAUCCUGGCUUUGAAGAACCAGCUGACAGAAAAGGACCGAAAAAUCCAUCACCUUGAGCGUGAUUAUGAAAAGAGCCGCUCAAGACACGACCAGGAGGAGAAACUCAUCAUUAGCGCUUGGUACAAAAUGGGGAUGGCUUUGCAUCAGAGAGUGGCAGGCGAGAGGCUGAGCUUGCCCAACCAGUCCAUGUCCUUCCUGGCUCAGCAGAGGCUGGCCACCAACGCUAAGCGAGGCCUUGCUCGAACCCACCCGAGAUAA